AUGGCCCUCAAUCAUACCAUAAAUGAGACCAACAAAGAAUACAUGAUUUUUGCUGGCUCGCUAUCCAGUUUGAUGGCAAUAGAAAAUCAUAAAGCCAACAACCCACUAAUAACACAAAUUCAAAACUCUAUAAAUACACAUAUGACAAUAAAUAACAACAAGAUAAAACUUGUGUGGAUACCGAGCCACAUAGGAAUAGAAGGGAAUGAAAAGGCCGAUAAAGCUGCAAAUCUGGCUCAUCGCCUCCCUAUCUCAAACAUACCAAUACCAUAUUCUGAUAUCAAGGUGAUAAUCAACCAAUACAUGGCAUCGAUGUGGCAACAAGAAUGGAGUAAAAGCAAAAGCUUUCUAAGGAAAUCAACGCCAAAAAUUGAACCUAAGGGACCAAAGAUAAUAACUGUUGAAAGGCGAUUCCAGACAGCGAUAAAUAGAAUUAAAAUUGGCCACACUAGAUUGACACAUACAUGGAUCCUUGAAAAAAAGACUUGA